AUGUCGCAAAGUCGGGAGUUUAGAUCCUCCAAGUUGAGUCUAUUCGACUCUGGGCCAAACGGCUUGUCCUUUGCUGCGCCUUCUAUUCGCCCAGCUAUCCCGUCUACCUCUCGGCAGGUUAACAACCUCUCGUUUGUUCGGCCGUCUAAUCCUUCGUCUGCCGCCCCAGAUCCCCUUGAACGCUUCCAACGUGUCGGUCCUGGCAAAGGCCAGUAUUUCCUUUACGACGCGAUGCUCCGCAACGAUUGGGUCGACUGGUGGCUGCAGACUGACUACGGAUCUCGGAGCAAGAUCAACUGGGACUUGCAGAAUAGCCGGGCGAAGAUCUGGAAGGAGUUUGACCAAGUCGCGCACUCUAUUCAUGGUACCGCAAAGGUCAUGUGUAAGAACUGCUCUGCAAUUCUUGAGCACCCUUACACAACUAGUAGGGAUGGUCGUCAUGGUACCACAACGAUGAUUCGCCAUGUCAAUACUGCUUCCUGUCAAAGGACUGCAAGUGGACGCAGGCAGAGGGAUGGAAUGAAGAGGUUUCUUCAAACGGGUGACACGACCAAAGAACCUUUCUCGCAAGAGGCAUGGGAUAAUAAACUCCUACGAUUCAUCACACUCAACCAGCUUCCGUUCAAUCUCGUUGAGAAUCCAGCCUUCCGUAGCCUCAUUUCGACAGCCCAAUCCGCCCCAAGCCCUCCGAAAAUUCCUUCCGCUGAUAUAGUUCGACGUCGGCUAUUUGCUAUUGUCAAAGAUCGACAACAAGAUACACUCAGGAUGCUUCCAGAGCAUGCGAAGAUCUCGGUUGCAUUAGACUGUUGGACAUCUCCAUUUGGAGACGUAUUUAUGGCUAUCACUGGCUAUUUCAUCGACGUCGACUGGGUCUACCGCGAGGUGCUGCUCGGCUUCAAACCCCUUCAUGGGACGCAUUCGGGUGCAAACCUUGGUAAUGUGCUUAUGAACACGCUUACUGAGUGCGGCAUUCAGCACCGAGUCUUUGGAUUGACCACUGGCAACGCAUCAAAUAACAAGACUCUGGUUGAUGCUCUUCAACAGUGUUUGCCUAAUGAUAUCAAUGUUAUCCGAAUCCCCCAUCUUUCCCAUGUGCUCCAAUUGAGUUUGAACCAACUGCUUGCGCGUUUAAAAGCAGUCCCACUGAAUGAUGCCACUGAGAUAUGGACAGACAGUCAACUCAUCCUUGCAAAGGUAAACGCGGCAUCUAAGAAGCAAGAUAUGUCGCAUACCUUAAAGAAGGUACGGUAUCUUGCUCUUUAUAUCCGCGGGAGCUCUCAGCGUCGGGACUCCUUUAUUGCCAUACAACCCCCAGGGCAAGGACUUAUGCCGAUCCAGGAUGUCAGAACUCGAUGGAAUUCAACGUUUUUAAUGCUACGCCGGGCAAAGAGACUCCGCGUCUUCAUCAUGAAGUACUGUGAGCAGUCUGACUGCAAAGACUUCGCGCUUAAUGAUGAUCAAUGGCGCCAAAUUGACUACCUUCUAUAUAUCACUGAGCCGUUCUCUGAUUUUAUCCUUGCCAUUUCAAGGAGCCGAGAGGUGACAUCGCAUCUUGUCUUUCCAAUCUACAAUAGGUUGUUUGAGCAUCUUGAGAAGUCAAUGACGCAGCUACGGCGCAAAAAGGUCCUUUGGAAACAGCAGAUGCUUAGCUCUCUCGAAGCUAGCCAUGCUAAAUUACGUCACUACUACAAAGAGAUUGAUGAAAUGCGCGGACAUAUCUAUGCGGUUUGUACGAUGCUAUCGCCAGAUAGUAGAUUUCAGUUAUUCCUUUCUGAUGACUGGGUGGAUUCCAAAGAACUCCGUGAUCAGUAUCGAGUGGCGUUCCGAGAUGCCCUCACUCCUAUCCAGGAACGUCUCACUAGUGCCCAAGGCCCACAGGGGCCUUCCUCGGAAUCGGCAUUGACAUCACUACUUCGUAAGGCUGGAAAACUGAAGCCUCACUCCAAAUCAAAGCUGGGCCCAGUCAUGGAUGACGAGAUGACGCGGUACCUCGACGGUAAUGUGACUGAUUCAGAACCGCUCUCCUUUUGGAGAGAGAAUCAAUCCCGUUUUCCAGCCAUUGCUGCACUUGCAAGGGAUGUCCUUGCAAUCCCCGCAACGGGCGCUGGGGUAGAACGUCUCUUCAACACUGCACGAGAUAUCUGCCGCGAUCGCCAACUGAAUUCUGAUGAUAUUGAAGAGCUGAUGCUAUUCCACUGCACAUCAAAGUUUGACCUUGAUGCCCAGGUGGCAAAAGAGGUAGCAGAAGACCUGUCAUCUGAUGAGAUUGACAUGUUGAGAGAACAAAGUGUUGAGAAACCGAAUGAUUUCGAUGCUGAAGAGAUCAGUGACACCGAAGAGCAGGGUGAUGGACCUGGUUCUGGGUCUGGGGAUCUGAUCGAACUUGACGAUGACGAUGACGAUGACGAUGGGGUUGACCAUGGCGAUGCUACUAUCAGAUUUACUGCUGCCCCGUCUCAGGCAUGGACAUCGGGGAGGAAGAGGAAGCAUGUUGAGGAUGAUUUGUACGAACGUUAUUAG